CAUGUAAAUAAUAAUCACGAAAACCAAAGCGUUUUUUAUUUUUGCAAGUAAACAGCUUUUCUUCAUCUGACCAGCAUACAAACUGAUUUUUUUUUUUCUUUCCGGAGUCUUCUGGCGUCUGUGUAGAAAACCCAGCUGCAGUUUCCCUGCGCAAGAAGGCCACCGCGCCGGCGAUGAUGAUGUGACUCGCAGGGAAUUCUUUCAGAAUGGUGUAACUCUUACAAACCAAACCAGAGGUUAACUCGGGGAAUUUCUUUCCCACAUUCAUAAUCCCGCUGUCUUUCUGGAAACCCGCUGAGCGGUAAGCGCACGGUGGAAGUUCAAAACCAGCAACGUAAUAAUAAAAAAAAGGAUAUCUGGCGACCCAGAGACCGAAAACUGAUACUAUCUUCUGCGCCGCCUACACAGUGAGCCGGAGUAGUAAGCACUUUUAUUCAUUAAAAAAAAUCGCCAGUGGGCUGCAGGCGUUACCAUGACAUUGACUGACUCACUACCGCAGACCCGGAGCUGGCGGUAAGCGGAGGCUUCUGCAUCCAGACAAAGGUCUUUCAAAUAAUAGCAGCACGCAAACAGCAAAGGAAAAAAAAAAGAGAGAAAGAGAGGGAGGGGGGGACGACACAAAACAAAGAGCAACAUGAUCUGCGGGCGAACCCGAUCCCUUCCCGUUUCCAGAAACGCUCGGGAUUUCGUGCCCGAAAGGAGGCGGACCGGCACCUGCCCGCACGGCGUCUGAUGGGAGAAAGCGAAAGUGCUCCAUCCCCGGCACGCCAGUUCUCACCCUGCCGGCAGCCGGCUGUGCCACGGGGGCAGGCGGACGCGACCAACACAGGCGAGCCUUGUUGUCGGGGUCCGCUAACACAUUAAUCCGACCCACUGGAAUGCAAACGCCGGAGUGGAUGAUCUCCGAUUAUGAGUGCGCGGAAAGGAUAACGCGUGGUACAAUGCCGCCUGUGUGCGCUCACUCCUUCGCUUUGUUAGAAAUCAGGGCUCUCCUCUGCCCAGGGGAAUUUCUCGGCAGUCUCUGAGAAGUCUGGCACUCGGGUGUCACUCUGUACUGUAUCUCCUGCGCUAUGACUUCCUCGCCACAGAAACACCGCCGCUUGCUACAGAGGAUGGUCUGUGCGCUGUAUGUCACCGUCGUGAUUGGGACAAGCGAGCCGGCUGCUAAUAGCUGUACAGCACCUCACAUAUCCAGCUGUAAAGAGUGCCUGAAACAGGGAGCAGAAUGCGGAUGGUGUUUCCAGGAGGGCUUCCUUGACGGAGCUCCAGUGAGCGAAAGAUGUGACCUGAUUUCCAACCUGGAGAAGAAAGGUUGUGCGUUAGAUUUUAUCGAACGUCCUUCAGUGAAGGUGGUGGUAGAUGCCAGUACGUCAAGCACACAGGUGACCCCGAGAGAUGUCACGGUACAGCUGUGGCCAGGCAGGGAAGCUAGCUUUGUUUUGCAAGUGCGUCAGCUCGAGAGGUACCCUGUGGACAUGUACUAUUUAGUGGAUGUGUCUGCAUCAAUGCAAGACAAUUUGGACAAGCUGAAGACUGUGGGGAUUGCUCUGUCGGAGAAGAUGAAGGAGCACUCCACUGACUUUAAGGUUGGCUUUGGAUCGUUUGUCGACAAGCCUGUUUCACCGUAUAUCAAUGUGCAUCCUUCUAAAAUCGACAACCCAUGCAGCGAUUAUGACAUCCAGUGCAGGCCUGCCCACGGCUUUAUCCACGUGCUCUCUCUCACCGACAACAUCACCGAGUUCACCAGGGUGGUCCACGAGCAGCACAUCUCAGGCAACAUGGACACGCCUGAAGGAGGCUUCGACGCGAUGCUGCAGGCAGCUGUGUGUCAGAACCACAUAGGCUGGCGUAGUGAGGCUAAGCACUUACUCCUCAUGAUGACAGAUCAGCCCUCUCAUCUGGCGCUCGACAGCAAGCUGGCUGGGAUCGUGGUGCCUCAUGAUGGGAACUGUCACCUGGAGGAUAACACUUAUACCCAGUCUGCCUACAUGGAGCAUCCAACCAUUGGUCAACUGGCUGACAAAUUACUGGAGAAUAGUGUUCAUUCUAUAUUUGCUGUGGAGGAACUACAAUAUAAGUGGUAUGAGGAUCUCAUUCCCUUAAUGCCAGGUACAUUUGUUGGAAAGCUUCAGCCAAAAGCAUCAAAUCUGAAAGACUUAGUUGUCCAGGCCUACAAGAGACUUCUUUCUGAUGUGGAAGUACAGAUACUGGUGCAGAACCAGGUGCAGAAACUGGCCGUUAACAUCACGGCGCUGUGUCCUGGAGGGAACCCAGUACCAGGCCACAAUAAAUGCAGCAAUGUGAAACCAAAUGAAACAGUUUUUUUCAACAUAACCAUUGGAAUGAGGGAAUGCGGGAAUCAGGGAGAGGCGGUGGAUUUCUUGAUCAAGCCCGUGGGAUUUAAUGAGUCCACCAGAGUGAAAGUACAGACUGCUUGUGCCUGCCAGUGCACAGGGCCUGGGGCGCCCUCUUCUGGGAGGUGCUGGAAUGAGCGCUCCCCUCAGGACUGCAGGUCCUCGGAGACGGGGUCCUGCACGUGUGAGCAGGGCGGCGAGGAGGGGGGCCUCGGUGAGAGCUGUCGGCUUGACGACACGCAGCCAGCGUGCAGUGGCCGAGGCAGCUGCUUGUGUGGGAGAUGUGUGUGUGCCCGAAGCAGCCUGGGGCUUGUGUUCGGAAAGUACUGCGAAAUGGACAACUUCUCUUGUUCGUAUCACCGGGGACUUCUGUGUGGCGGCCACGGCCAGUGCGUCUUGGGGGAGUGCAGGUGUGCCAGCGGCUGGGAGGGAGAGAGCUGCAGCUGCCCCACGUCCACAGAGCCGUGCAUGCCCACAGGCUCGGGGGUGUGCAGUGGGAAAGGCCGGUGUGUCUGCGGCCGGUGCCAGUGUGAGGACCCCAGACGCUCGGGCCGCUUCUGCGAAGUCUGUCCCAUGUGCAAUAAUCCCUGCGAAACGAACUGGAAGUGUGUGCAAUGCCACUUGUCAAGUGACUUUUCAGAAGUCAAAGCCACGCAGUGCAAUGCGACAUGUUUCCCGAUGGUGCACUACAUCGAUGACAUUUCUGAAUCAAGAAGUGAAACCUCUAAAUACUGCCUUUACCCAACCAGUGAAAACUGCCAUUACAGGUUUCAAAUGGAUUCUAUGUUUGGUGGUAAACAGAUUCACAUCAUCAGAUACCCAGAAUGCUUAUCUGAGCAGCAAUACUUCCCCACAUUCACAGCUGUUUUCCUCAUUACAAUUGCACUUGGGCUCAUGCUCAUUCUGAUUCUGAAGUACAUUUUGGCCCGAAAAAAUCGGAGGAGAGACGUGUCUUCAGACGCUGUCAAUGAUGUAUCACCUAAGGACAUGUCCUACUUACCCACCAUGAAUGAGAAGACGAUAACUUACAGACGGGACAGGCCAGUGGAGAUGCGGAUCCACGUUCACAAAAUGCCUCUGAAUGAGAUCUGGCAGUGUGAAAAGGAUGACUUGUAUGAUCGAGCCUUUAUUCACCACUGAUGAACCAUGGAUGUUAAGAUGUGUGCGUUUCACCAGGGCGGCUGUGAAGGUUUUGUUCCUUUGAUUAUAAAAAUGCGUACCCCCCAUGAAAACAUUCUCGAAAAGCACCAGUUUCUACCAAGUCAGUACCCACAAGGUAAAGAGGUGGUGUUAGGCUGAAAGUGCAGAGUGAGCAUUGACUGAUUUGAUGUGUGUUUUAAAAAAACGAGUGACUUAAAGUGCUGGAAAGGGAGAAGAAGGGAGGUUAUUAUGAAUAAUCUCUGUUGCUGUGCACUGUUACAGACAGAGAUACUUUUGAUACACUCAAGGUAACGCUCAAGACCUGCAUUGUUAUUUUCCAGACACUUUUAUAAUUCAUGGGCUGUCCCUUGCAGUCAGUGAGGAUUGAAUCUGAGGGUGACUGAGGUGGCCAGAACAGGGCCUGCACUCUGGAUGGCUGGUAGAGCAGCUGUCUGCUCAGGAGAUACCUGAUCAUGUACUGCGCACUCCAGUCAUGAUGAGCUCUCUUCCAAGCUCUUGCAUUGCUUCCUUGUUCUAACAUCUUGGGGUCUCGACAUGCUAAGUUCUUCCUCCAUCAGGUUUGAUCAAGUGCUGUAAGAGGAGAGAAUCUUCUUGGGGGGCUGACAUCCAGACAACAUGACCAACACAACAGAGCUGAUGGAGGAUGAUCAUAGUUUUAAGGCUUGGGAGACAACAGUGUUGUCUGUGUUUUAGCCCCGUGCAGUAACGUAGGAAUGAUAACUGCACAGUAGACCACCCAGUCUGGUUUCAGUUUUAAUGUCAGAAUUUUCAAACACUCACUUCUGUAUGCACCAAAGGUGGCACAUGCAGAUUUCAGGUGAUGCUGCAUUUAUUCAUUAAUAUCAAUAACUUCUGUGAAAGAUGAUACACAAGGAAUGGGAAGUACUCUACAUUCUCCAGACACUCAAUGAGAAUCUGAAUCUAUGGCACUGGGGCUUGUGCAUUUGAAGCUUCCUAAUGCGGGAACUUUGGUCUUCUGAAUGUUAAGUCCAAGGAUGGUUUAGGUUUUGGAUCAAUGAUAUUAGAGAUUAAAUGAUUUGCCAUCUAUUUGGCACGUUAGCUGCACUCCAGCGGGCAGCUCGUCCAUUAUCCAAUGGAACUUGGAACUUAAAAAUAUGAAAAAAGGAGUGGAGGCGAUGACACAUUCUUGUGCAACUCUUUUCUGGAUUGUAAAGAGCUGGGCUCUGUAAUGGAUCGAUUACUGAAGAUUUCUGAAUGCCUCUCAUGACAAAGCAGGUGAAGAAUGUUGAUGAAUUUCAGAGGAAAUCCACUGGACAUUCCUGCUUCAGCAGGAUCUUGAAAAGCCAGGAGUCAAAUGCCUCUGUCGAGACAGAGAAGUAGGUGUGUUGGUGUUUCUGACAUUUUUCCUGGAAUUGGCAGGCUAUAAAACCCAUGCCGGUCAAUUCCCAUGAGGGUCACAAUCCGAACAGGAAUUCUGGGAGAAGGUCUUGAGUUUUAUGUUGUUUAUGUUUAUGAGUUUUUAAGUAUGUUAGACAUGUUGUUUUACUUGUCCAACAUACUUAAAAAUUUCAGCCAGAUAUUAUUUCAUUAUUUGAGGUCUUCCCAAGUGAAAAGAACGCUUUCCUUGUGUUCUUAGUUGAGGCUUGAAGAGUUUCCCCUUCUUGACAAAUAUUUCUCCUUUGGUUGGGUCACUCAGGGCUUCAGUGAUGUUGUUGUGGAAGAACAUUGCAUUUCCUGCAGACGAUGUUUGGGAGGCAGCUUGAUAGACAGAUCAGUAACUGAACUGAUAAGACAGUAAUUGGUCCAGGAGUCAUGAACUCAGGUGAUGUGGAUGACUUCAUGGGUCCUGGCAAGUAUUUGGACUGUAGAUGUUGGCAGAAUGUUUUGUGUCCUUUGGUUGUGACCAUGGUGAGAGGCCCAUGAUCUGUGCAUAUAGGUAAGAAGAUAAAUACCAUUGGAGUGGCAUGUUGUUUGUCUCUAGCCUUCAAGUCUCCAAGUAGAAUAAGCCUAUUUGAGAUUCCACAGAGAAUUUGGUCAAGUUUGGCAUAGACGUCUUCCUUAGUUUCAUUGUUUGAGUCUUGAUUAGAUGAACAAUGUUCCCAGCUAAUUUGAAACAGAGUCAUAAGGUGAAAAGCAUGACAGUGAUUGUGGUUUAAUUCUUAAUGACAAAAGCCAUUAGUCCAGAGUUCUUUAACUACAAACGUGGUACGUUAUACUGACUGAACAUUGUCUGGGCAGUCUGUGAGGAUCCUGCUUUUCCAGGUCCCACAGGUAAGUAUGCUCUUCUGUGCUUUUUGACCACGGAAAGGUAACCCCUCGGGUCUAGGCUAUCCAGGCAGGAGUGCUGAGGAAGACUAGUGCAAGGGCACCUUUCCCAGCUGCCUCCUCCCAAGGGUUAAACAGAACAGAACCCUGAAAAGGGAUGUUUGGUCACAGUUAAAGCCGCGCGCCUGCCUCAACCAUCAUUAAAAUCGUUUAAAACAUGAAGGUGCACUUACAGCAGGUGUAAAACGCAACAACAUGCUCCCUACCUCCUGUAGCUCCACUGCACACUCCCUCUCAUUUCCCCGCCAGCAGUGAGCAUGCAAGCUGUUACAAACGCGAAGAUAAAGAGCCAAACAAUGUUUCGGCUCUCCAGAGCACCUCAAUAGAUUCAGACGCCCGGAACCCUAACUUGCCGAUCAAUUAUGUGAUCAAUUACCACGAGCCAAAGACUGUUUUCAAGCUUGCUUACAGUUGGGCUCAGUGAAAUAAAUAAGAUGCCCAGUGUGAAAACUCAAAAGGAGGUAUACAGUUACAGCUCAGAGUUGGGGUUGGGCCAUUGCUAAAACAUCAGGGCACCAACAUGGCAGAAUUUGGCACCAAAGUUCAGUACUGAAGAUAUUUGCUGUGUCUUUUUAUGACUCCGUUCUCAGUGGAAUAUGGUGUUACUUUGUAUUUUUUGCACUUGUGACAGAGUAGCACCAGUCCAGCACCUCCCAAAUCAUGCAGAGCGUUAUCAAAAUCAGUCGGUAUACUUAUUAUUUUCCACAAUUUUUUUAUUUAUCCACUGCUACAACAGUGAUUUAUUCCAUAUUAUAGCUUUUCAUGUGUUUACAGCAAAAAGGAGAUGAUCCCAAAGCACUGCAAGGCUUCUAACUGAAAGUUUUACACCUUUUCCUGCUCUUUUGAGUAGGUGUGUGUCUCUGGGGCUUGGAUACUGUAUCUUUAAGCGGUGUUUACAAAGACGUUACAUAUGCUUAAAAUUCUAAAGUCCUGGAGUUCAUGGCUGUCUCUCUAUGACACACAGUAGACAAAGCACACCUCAAAGUACUACGUGAAAAUACCUGUUCUUUGGUAAUGGCUUUUAUUUAUGACUUGCUCGUUUAAAUCACAGAAAAUGUGCACACUUAACCGAGUGCAAUGCUGCCCUCUAGUGUCUCCCCGUAUUUCUUGUGAUGAACCUUUGAUGAACGUGAAUGAAAAAGCCACUAUGAAGCAAUAGAACAUAAAAGAGUUAACACUCAGAUUGAGGGUUUGUGUCUGAAGUUGAUCAUAAAUAAUGUAGUGCCUUUCUAUAGUACCAGUUUUAUAUGAAUACAUACAGUAAAAACUGCUUAAAAUUUUAUGAAAGCAAUAUUUUUCUUUUUUCCUGUUAAAGAAUCACUAUCUCUGCAUCCCUAAGCAGUUAAAAAUGAACAGUGAUUUUUUUCUGCCCCAAUUCCUUUGUACAUGCUCAGUGUGCACAUUACAUCAACCAAAUUCUUUGUUAGAAAAACAGCUCACAAAUUCAAUUCAACUCAUUGUGUUUGUCCCAAUGAGUUCAUUAGUUGUGCACUUGGGUGUAAGCAUCCGUAUUUCAUUCUUUACUUUCCACAAGAGGUUUAACUCAUCAGAGGAAAGAAAUUAUGGAUGUAGAGUAGUACUAACUGGGAAUUGUCCUGAUUUUGGUGUUUGAAUAUGUGGCUGUUUUACUGCUUUAAAUUUGAGUAUAGCUUUUAAGCAGUGCUUACCAUUAAUUUCAUGUCUUCAGAAUAUAUAUUUUUGUAGCAGAUAAUUUGCUGUUAAAUUCCUUUAAAUACUGUCCUUUUCAUAACAGUCUCUCAUAUUUUGCAUGAUGCGAUGUGGAAUGGAGUAUACAGGAUAGUCUUCACAGACUGUGUGGAGGUUGUUUCAUUGUGCAUUACUACUGUCAGAAAACUGGAAAGCAGAAGGCGGGAGUAGCUAAUUCCUGAUUUGUUUCCUUUCUUGUGGAGCGUGGUCACAGUAGCUGCUAUUGGAUUUUAGUUUUUUAACACUAUUUAUUUAGAAGGUACAACGUAGUUUAUUUUUCUAAGGUUAACUUAAUUUAUAUUAUUUAAGUUUGUGAGAUUGAUUAGGUAGAUAUUAAAACCAUUUUGUUAUUUAUCUGACUAAUAACUCCUUGUUGUGAUGUUCUGAUUAUUGUAGUUUUUUUUAAUAUCAGGUUAACAAUACAGAUGUAGCAAGUUAUGUCUAGUUUGAGAGGAGAAAGUUAUCAUCUGCAAAAAACUCUAGAUCAUUUAAUACGAGUAAUGUACUGAAUAUUUUCUGUUCAAUGUUUACCAUUGCAAAAUAUUCUGGUUUCCUUCAGCUGGAAUAUUUAUAGCUGUGCAAAUGCAUGGGGAGAGGGCGUUCUCAUCUGAAGCUUCUCCCUUGUAAUCAUCCAUUCUAUUUUGUAAAACAGACGUAGUGUAACGAAUGCUAAUUUAGUCAGUAUAAAAGUGAAAUAACAGGAAAAUGCAGCUGAUAACUCCUUUACAUUGCAAAGCAAAGUGUAAAUGAACUCAUUACAGGGCAUUAUUGUAUUUACAAUAAACAUAAUGUCACAUUCAA